AGCGCUGUGUUUUUCGAAGAGGUGUGCGCCUGAAGGGAGGAAACUGCCUAAUGGAUCAUGGCUGUGAUGUUUACAGGACCUUCCUUAUUUCUAGCAUUAGCAAUGUUGGCGCUCUCGACGGUUGAAGAGUCGGCGAGUAAUUAUUCGGACUGGACAACUUUUGCAGAGAAUGUGGACCAGUACGAAGAGCAGAAACUGGAAGCUGUCAGGACUCGUGAGAAAAUGCAAAAAGCUGUGAUCCACCCGAGCUUAUACUUUGAUGCCGAUGAGAUUCCAGCGCUGAGGCAGAAAUCGCGCACGAGCCACCUGCACCUUUUUAGAACAAUCCGAAGUGCGGUGUCAGGGAUGCUCUCCAAUCCGUCCUACUACCUCCCUCCGCCCAAGCAUGCUGAUUUUGCUGCCAAGUGGAAUGAAAUCUAUGGGAACAAUCUGCCUCCCUUAGCACUGUAUUGUCUCCUCUGCCCAGAAGACAAAGCCGCCUUUGAUUUUGUGGUCGAAUACAUGGACAGGAUGGCUGGAUACAAAGACUGGCUGGUGGAGAACGCCCCGGGGGAUGAAGUGCCACUCGGGCACUCCUUAACUGGCUUUGCCACGGCUUUUGAUUUCUUACACGCCUCGCUGGAUGAUGGCAGAAGGCAAAAAUAUUUCGCCAAGAUCUGGGCCUUGAGCGAGGAAUUGUACGAAUAUUCCAAAGUUCGUGCUUGGGGCAAACAACUUCUUCAUAAUCACCAAGCCACGAAUAUGCUAGCGUUGCUCAUUGGGGCCCUGGUAACGGAAGGGGGCAUUGAGUCCCAAGCCAAUACUUGGAAACAUGCCGUAGUGGAUGUGAUGGAGAAAACCUUGUUUCUGCUUAAUCAUAUUGUUGAUGGCUCUUUGGAUGAAGGCGUGGCUUAUGGCAGUUAUACAGCUAAGUCGAUAACCCAGUACGUUUUUCUGGCACAGCGCCACUUUGGAAUUAACAAUCUUGGAAACAACUGGCUUAAAAUGCACUUUUGGUUUUAUUAUGCCACACUUUUACCAGGCUUUCAGAGGACUGUAGGUAUCGCUGAUUCUAAUUAUAAUUGGUUUUAUGGCCCCGAAAGUCAGCUCGUUUUCCUUGAUAAAUUUGUGUUGAAGAAUGGGAUGGGCAAUUGGCUUGCGCAGCAAAUUAGGAAGCACCGGCCCAAGGAUGGUCCAAUGGUGCCAUCCACUGCCCAGAGGUGGAGUACCCUUCACACAGAAUACCUGUGGUAUGACCCAGGACUCACUCCCCACCCUCCACCUGACUAUGGCAACGCUAAAAUGCACAUAUUCCCUAACUGGGGGGUUGUUACAUAUGGAGCAGGGUUGCCAAACACUCAGAAAAACACCUUUGUUUCUUUUAAAUCUGGGAAGUUGGGUGGUCGCGCUGUCUAUGACAUAGUCCAUUUUCAGCCGUAUUCUUGGAUUGAGGGGUGGAGAAGCUUCAAUCCCGGGCAUGAACAUCCCGAUCAAAAUUCAUUUACUUUUGCUCCCAACGGACAGGUUUUUGUAUCCGAGGCCCUCUAUGGUCCCAAGCUUAGCCACCUGAAUAAUGUUCUGGUGUUUGCUCCGUCUCCUACAAGUCAGUGCAACCAACCUUGGGAGGGUCAGCUUGGGGAAUGCACUCAGUGGCUUAAGUGGACUGGAGAAGAAGUUGGAGAUGCAGGGGGUGAAAUCAUUACAGCUUCUCAGCACGAUGACAUGAUGUUUGUGAGUGGGGAGGCAGCAUCUGCAUACUCCUCUGCAAUGAAACUGAAAAGCGUGUACCGUUCUCUGCUUCUGCUCAAUCCUCAGAUGUUACUGGUAGUGGACCACAUAGAAAAGGAAGAGAACUCUCCCAUCGACUCCAUCAGUGCCUUUUUUCAUAACCUUGACAUUGAUUUUAAAUAUGUACCGUAUAAAUUUAUGAACAAAUACAACGGGGCCAUGAUGGAUGUGUGGGACGCUCACUAUAAAAUGUUUUGGCUUGACCAUCGUGGAAAUAGCCCUGUUGCUAGGAUACAAGAGGCAGAACAGGCAGCUGAGUUCAAAAAGAGGUGGACACAGUUUGUAAAUGUCACUUUCCCUACAAAAAGCACCACCACAAGAAUUGCCUACUUGUUCUACGGGCCUUAUGUCAAUAUUUCUAGCUGUAGGUUUAUAGAAGAUGCCCGAUCAGGGUUUCAGAUGGCUCUAAAUGUCAACGAUACAGAAACUGUUUUCUCUGUUGUAACUGACUAUCUAAAUCUGAGAACAAGAUUCAGUUAUUUAGGAUUUGGUGGCUAUGCCAAGGUAGUCACUCAAGGAAAAGUUACUAGAUUUGGCCUGGGCACUGAGGUAGUAGAAAAGCAGGCACCAGCUACCAGAACUGUUUUUCCAUUUGGAUUUAAAGUGAAUAUAAUAGUGGGGCUGGUUUUGGGGGUUAGCUUGGCCAUAUUGGCUUUUCAGUGGCGGUUCUACAUUUCCUUCAGCAAAUUUUUGCGUUGGAUUCUGAUCCUGGUCAUCACAUUGUGGUUUAUUGAACUGGUGGACGUAUGGACCUCUUGCACACAACCAAUCUGUGCAAAAUGGAGCAGCGACUUGACAAGCACCAAACACAGCGCAGGAAAGGAACAUGGACUUCCUGUCGGUUUGCCCGAUGUGAUCAUCACCUCACUUCCCAGUUCAGGCGCCGAAAUUCUGAAGCAACUGUUUUUCAACAGCAGCGAUUUUGUCUACAUCAGGAUCCCUACGGGAUACCUUGAUAUCCCCGAGACAGAAUUUGAAAUCGACUCCUUCGUCGAUUCCUGCGAGUGGAAGGCUUCUGAUGUUCAGAGUGGCCGUUUCCGUCUUCUCCAGGGCUGGCUGCAGUCGCUAGUCCGAGACACAAAACUUCACUUACAAAAUAUUCAUUUACACGAAACCGGCAGAAAUACUAAGUUAAUUCAGCAUUCUGCGACCAGUAAAGACAAGAAGAGGCGGCCCAGGAAGAGAGAAUCCAUCGUGGAGCAAAGAAACCGGUUGAGAGGCAGUUCAGACAAAGAUGCUGAAUACAUUAAGGAACUGAGGAGACAUCUUGCCUUCUAUCCCAAUGCACGCCCUGUGCUUAGUCUGAGCAGCGGGAGCUGGACCUUAAAGCUUCCUUUCUUUCAAGAAAUCAUAGGUCCUUCCCUGAGAGCGCUCUAUGUAGUGCGGGACCCUCGGGCGUGGAUUUACUCAGUGUUGUACAAAAGCCAGCCCAGCCUUUACUCCUUGAGAAAGGUGCCUCAGCACUUAGGUAUGCUGUUUCAAGCAGAAGGCAGGAAAGACAGGUGCAGCUUAAAUUCAGGCUACGCCUUUGAAUAUGAAGCACUGAGGGAAGAGCUCUCCCAUUCCAAUUCAAAUGCCAUCUCUGUGAUGUCCCAUUUGUGGGUGGCAAACACAGCAGCAGCCCUGCGAAUCAAUGGGGAUUUGCUGCCGGCCAAUUAUCUGCUCCUCAAGUUUGAAGACAUUGUGGGCUUCCCCCAGAAGACAGCUGAAACCAUCUAUACCUUUCUGGGCAUCCCUCUGUCUCCUGCCAGCUUAAACCAAAUAUUGUUUGCCACCUCUACCAAUCUUUUCUACCUUCCUUAUGAAGGAGAAGUCUCCCCAGCAAGUAUCCAUGCCUGGCAAAACAAUAUGCCUCGUGAGGAAAUUAGCCAGAUCGAGGACAUCUGUUCAGCUCUAAUGGACCGCUUAGGAUAUCCAAAGUUUACUGAUUUAAAUGCUGCAGGUCAGCAGUAGUUUGCACUAAGGAUUCCCCCCCCCCACACUCUUCAAUUUGUAGAUAAGAAUCAGAAAAGCUGGUUUAUUCUUGUAAAAUGUCUGUACAGUCUGUUACACCCGCAGAGAGAGAUUAUUUUAAAUGAAAAGAGAUAUUUGGUCUAGUCAGU